GCCGAUCUCCAUAAAGGCACGUGAACGCAGCGGCAAUCAAACCAAGACGGAGGACAGACGAGCGCUGAAAUGAAGCCGAGACCGAGCAUCUGCACUCUGCUGGUGAGGAUUAACUUUAUCGACACGUACGCUAACGACACACCGAUCUGUGAGGAUCUGUGAGGGUCGGUUCGGCUAAGAAAACUACAAACGCUAAAACUUAGACGCAGUGAAGUGUUGAUUCGGUUGAAUAAUCAGGUUGAAUAUCAUCUUGGAAAGAUUAGAUUCAAUCAAAAGUCAAAUCUAGCGUGACUAAAAAUGUGCGAUGGCGCUGACUUACAGCUGCGGCUAUCUGGACUAGCUAGCGGCUAAGUUCGUUCAGAUACACAUACAACUUGGAAUUUCUUAAUUGUGUGUUAUUUUGUCAACUAUUAUCCAAAGUACUCCUCUAGUUUUGAUGGUGAUGAUUUAACAACCUCCUAACAGCCUCUCCUUUUCACAGGUAUGUUGCAGUGUAUUGUGGGUACUUUCCUGCUCCUCCUUAAGGGUUAGAGCUCAUCCGUCUCCACCUCCUCCUUCUUCGUCGCCGACCAUUUGUGACGCCAGGCUCGAAAUCCCCUCAGUUUUCCCCUCCUCGUUUGAAGGGAGCGGGGACGUCAACAACAGAUCUCUGUCUCCGUGGACCUGGAGGUCAGUCUCACAUUAUCAAUCCUUAAAACGAAACUCUGAAAACUCUGGGUUUUUCUCAGAAUUUUGACCUUUUCAUCAAAUUAAUGACUUUUUAUGAAAAACUCAAGAGUCAUAAUUUGUUCUGUUGAUUUCGUUUUUCCCUGGUUUUAUUAUCUUAGUGUAUUUUCUGUGUUUUUCCUGUUGUUCCUGUGAUCUUGUAUUGUGAGUUUUCAGUUUAUGUUUGUCCCUGUUUCCCUCCUGUUCUCUGUGUUUUAUUCUUCAGAUCAGUUUUCAGUGUUUGUUUCCUGUUUUAUUUUGUAGGAGUUGAUUCCUUGUGUUUCUACUUCCCUAGUUUUCCCUCCUUUGUUAAUCACCCAUGAGUCUCACCUGUGUCUCGUCUGUUUCACCUGUUGCUCGUUGUUUCCCAGUGUGUUUAUUUAGUCCCUGUCUUCCCCUCUGUCUUUGUUGGUUCAUUGUUUGUCGAUGUGUGUCUUUGCCUGUGUUUUUGCCUUUUGUUGCUUUUUUCAUUUAGCUCUUUUAAUUAAAUCAAAUCAAUCAAUCAACCUUUAUUUAUGUAGCGCCCAUUCACAACACUUGUUAACACAAGACGUUUGAACCCUUUGUUCUGCAUUUGGGUCCUUUAUUUUUGUGUCACCCUGCGCAUCGUGACACUCGGACUUUCUUCUCAGAAUUCUGACUUUUCAUUUUGAACCGUGACUCGUUUCAGAAACCCGACUCUUUUCUCAAAAUCUGUUUUUUUUCCCAGAAUUUUCAUUUUCCAGAAAUUUGAUCGUAUAAAGAAAACAGUUAUUUACUGUAAACAUGAAAAAAUAUAUAUUUAUAUAUCCAUCGAUGAGAGUUUUCAUCUACUCCUACAGAGGGGAAGGGUGAAAAAUCACAGAAAGUUCUUUCUUUGACUUCUGGCUUCCUGUCACAUAUUUAUUUCUUUUUCAUGAAAUUCAGACUUUUUACUUCUACAGUUCUGAUUAUUUUUUCACAGAAUACUAACUCUGUUACAGGAUUCUGACUUAAUUCUCAUAAUAUUGACUUUAAUCUCUGAAAUCUGACGUUAACCUUGUAAUAUAAGACUAUAACUAUAACUAUAACUAUAACUACUAUAACUAUAACUAUAUAAGACUUCUGAUAAGAUUCUGACCGCUCUUAUUUUGUUGUCUGUGGUGGUAUUCGUCUCAAACCCGUGACUUUGCUGUCGUCCCUCCAGGACAUCCAUGGUGAAGAAUCGUAUACCCACGAUCUAUGAGGCUGAGUGCAGCAGCAGCUUCUGCGUCAGUCCAAAAUCAGGACGGAUAGAUGGACACAACCUGAACUCAGUCCCCAUCUAUCAGGACAUCCUGGUCCUGCAACGGCAAGGCAGCGGGCGCUGUUACAAGGCGAUGUACCAGCGCGUCGCUGUGGGCUGUACCUGCGUUUGGGCCAAGACUAACCAACAGUGA